GCCCUUACGUGACUAAGGCAUGUACAAAUUGCCAAGAUAAACAUAAACGAUGCUCUGGAAGAGCUACUUGUAACCAUUGUACACUAUUCAAUCUAAAUUGUAUUUUUGUUGAUUCUGGGAAAAAACGUGGUCCAAAAAAGAAUCAUAGACCUUUAGAACAAAACUAUAUUUUUAAUGGUGCUGGAUUUAACUUUGAUGAAACUUCCAUGCUAUUCUCAAAUACUUCGAAUCUUGUGCAGAUUCACGCAUUAUUUCCAUUUGGAAAUCAACUUAACGCUUCACAACAACCACCAGAUAAUAAUUACAUUACUUUCGAUCCUGGCUCUGACAAUGAACUUCAGGGCAUUUUUGUUUAUCAAGAUAUCGUUUACUUUUAUUAA